CCUAUAAGGCCAGCAGCAGCAGCCCCUGCAUUUAAAGAGCGCAGGAAUCCCUCCAGUUCAAUCCUUUGGGGCAUAAGAGAAGAAGGAGGAACACCAAGCUACGCUGUACCAUAGACCAUAAAUCUUCACAUACCAGGAUGCCUAACUGGGGAGGUGGAGCCAAAUGUGGUGCCUGUGAAAAGACAGUGUACCAUGCUGAGGAAAUUCAGUGCAAUGGAAGGAGUUUUCACAAGACGUGCUUCCUCUGCAUGGCUUGCAGGAAGGCUCUGGACAGCACCACAGUGGCAGCUCACGAAUCUGAAAUCUACUGCAAAACUUGCUAUGGGAGAAAAUACGGCCCCAAAGGUGUUGGCUUUGGGCAAGGAGCUGGAUGUCUCAGCACUGACACCGGGGACCAUCUGGGCCUAAACCUGCAACAAGGCUCACCAAAGUCUGCUCGCCCUUCUACACCAACUAAUCCUUCAAAGUUUGCCAAAAAGAUCGUCGAUGUGGAUAAAUGCCCCCGGUGCGGCAAAUCGGUGUAUGCUGCAGAGAAGAUAAUGGGAGGAGGAAAACCUUGGCAUAAAACAUGCUUCCGCUGUGCUAUUUGUGGAAAGAGUUUAGAGUCUACAAAUGUUACAGACAAAGACGGAGAGCUCUACUGUAAAGUUUGCUACGCAAAGAAUUUUGGUCCCAAAGGAAUUGGUUUUGGUGGCCUCACUCAAGUGGAAAAGAAAGAAUGUGAGUGAAAAGGAGUGGAUGCAACAGAGUCAACCUGCUGCUGAUCUCAGCAGAAAAUAGGUGUCAAGUAAAACAAAAUCAUCGCCUACUGCUUAUAACCUAGGACAUUCAUUAAGUAAUUUCCAUCAUGCAGGAAAAUCUCACAAGCUUGUACCUUAACAAAUUCUUAGAACAGCUUAAAAAAGGUACACUGAUCAAAUCAGAUUCACGUUUACCAUAAAAGUGAAUAGUGACAAGAACUUCUGUUCAUGAAACACUGUUGCUCCUUACACUAGUAUUUACCACAGUUCAGACUCAGAACUUAAGGAGUCAGCACACUGUCCCAUUCAGACAUACCCUAUGAAGCACAAGGGUCAGAAUCUACUGAUCUAGGCCAGUCUCCUCCUAGCGUUUUGAAGAUUUCAAUGUUAUUUCGACUAAUGCAGAGUAGACAUCAUUCACUUGGACACAUAGUUUAGAAGAACUUGAAGUUCACAGCCUUCUGAAGAAAAAGCAAGUUUUCUUAGAAUACAGUGUUUCGGUUUUGUUAUUGUACAUUUUUCAAGCUAAAUAAAGCACUCAUAUUGCUUCACA